AUGUUUCUCACAGUUUCUAGGGCGGAAGAAGACGCGCCUUGCAACAGCAAAUGCAGCUGCCUCCUAGACAAAGCAAUCAAGGAAAAGGUGCAAAACAAUCAAGGAAAAGGUGAAGAAAACAGCGAACUGAUAUUGGAAGCUCUUUUUUCAUAUGAUCUAGAAAAUGAUCUGAAAAAUGUGAAGGAUCAGUUAUGCUCAUCAGAAAAAUCUAAGAAGCAAGCCCAGAGAGAUGCAGAUGAAUCCAACCAAGAGCUCUCAGUCCUCUCCUCAAAGCUUGAAGAGUCAGAGAAGAAACUUCUAGAGCUUUCAGCCUCUCGGAAUGCUCUUACAGUAGAGCUCUCUGAGACAAGUGAGGAACGAGACAGGUCAUUGCAAGCUGAGCUGGAGGCUCUGCAUAAGCAGCAGUUGCAAGAAUCAGCUGCUUUGGCCUCUGCAUUAGAUGAGAUCGAAAGGCUCAAAGCUCAGCUUGCAAUGGUAGCUGCGUCCGAAGCUAACAACUCAGAAUCUGCACCAACCGAGCUCCAUAACCUAAACGAGGCACUUGUGGUCGUGGAAGAAAUGAAGAAGCAGCUAAGCGACUCCAAGAAAUCAGAAGCUGAGGCGCAAGAACUCGUUGGUGAGACACUUAUGCAGCUGGAAGCAGCGAAGAAGAUGGUGGAGACGCUUAGGUGGGAUGGAUGUAAAGCUGCAGCUAGUGAGCUGGAACAGUCGAGGGCUCGUGUUGAGCUUCAGAUAACUGUUCCACAGCAGUGCAUCUAAUUGUAUU